UUCCUUUUCUUUUUUGCGCACUGCCUGCCGAGAGAAAGAGACCGAGCGUACGUGGCAUGCCCGCGGCGUCUCUUGCCUCCCUCUCCCUCUAUCUUUCUUCCUCUCGUCGGGAUUAGGGUCGGCGUCGCUCCGUCCGCCGGCAUUGUCCGAUCGAGCGAGGGGGAGGGGUAGGGCGAGAUCGAGCGAGGAUGCAGCAGCAGAUGGCGGCGACGGUGGAGGAGCAGAUGAUGGUGAAGGCCAUCAGGGACGAGUGCCCGUGGGAGACCCUCCCCAAGCGCAUCCAGGCUGCCGUCGUCUCCAAGGACGAGUGGCACCGCAGGAUUGUAGAUUAUUGUAUACGAAAACGGCUGCCAUGGACUAACUGUUUUGCCCGCAAAGUAUGCAAAGAGGGGGAAUAUUACGAGGAAUUGUUGCGCUAUCUCCGCAGAAAUCUGGCUUUAUACCCAUACCAUCUCGCAGACUACAUCUGUCGAGUAAUGAGGAUAUCAGCAUUCAAAUAUUAUUGUGACGUCCUUUUUGAAGCUAUGAAGAAUGAGCAACCUUAUGACAGUAUUCCAAACUUCAGUGCUGCCGAUGCCCUGAGGAUUACUGGUGUUGGAAGAAACGAAUUUAUUGAUAUCAUGAAUAAAUGCAGAUCGAAGAAGAUAAUGUGGAAGCUGAACAAAUCAAUUGCGAAAGAGUUGCUUCCUGCACUACCUGCAGACUUAGCAAUAGAACCUUGGUGGGGAGUCCGUUUUGUCAACUUCACAUUGGAAGAGUUUAAGAAGCUUUCUGAGGAAGAGACACUAGCAAUAGACAAAAUAUGUAAGGAGGAAGUCAAUUCAUAUGUUCUAUUUGAUCCAGUGGUUAUAAAUUGUCUUUACAGAAGAGGAGGGGUAUACUUCGAUGUGCCAGUUUAUCCAGAGGACCGUUUCAGAGUUUCAAGACUUGAAGGUUUUGUUUCAAAUAAGGAUCAGUCGUACGAAGAUCCAAUUGAAGAGCUACUAUAUGCUGUAUUUGUUGUGUCAAGUGAAAAUGCCACAGUUGCUGAAUUGGCUAAAACUUUACAGGCUGACCUUUAUCAACUCCAGGCAGCUGCAUCAUUUGCCUGCAGACUGGGAUGGGCCGUAAAGCUUUUGGAUACAGACUCCGCUCUUAGAGAUUCAAGUGGGCCUGCAUUGCCCAGUAACAUUCUUUCUGACGACGACGAAGGCUCGCGCAUGAGCAUUAACUCAGAAAAAUCUUGUACCGAAUUGCUUAGCAGUGAUUGUGAUGGACCCAGGAAAAUCUCUGGGACUGCUUAUGUGGGCUUCAUUGUGGAUGCUAACGUAACUUCAUACUUGAUGAUGGGCUCUCUAUCUCCAGGAUUGAAGUCUCAUGCUGUUACGCUUUAUGAGGCUGGAAAACUGGGCUAUUCUUGCAUCGCUGAUCUAUGCAAUGAUCUAGCUAGUUUAGAAGGAAAGAAGUUUGAGGGUGUGCUCCAGGAAUUCGCAAACCAUGCAUUUAGCUUGCGAUGUUUCCUUGAGUGUUUGCUGUCCGGUGGAACUUCACCAAAUGAAUCUGGUGACGGAAACUGUCAGGAUGAUUUGUCCUCCCCUUCAAGCAAGAAAAGCAUUGGGGAGGGCGCAGAUAGUGUUGUCGAGAAUAACAAAAACUCAGUUCAACAUGGCCAACAUGGUGACACACCACAGCAGGAAUAUCCGACGGUUGAUUCAAAUGCAUCGUCACCUUCAAGUAUUAUAUCAAGAGGGAUGGAAAGCAUAGCCGAAAAUGACUUUGACAUCAGCCAAAUGGCUACUCAAAAUGGCAAUAGCCAAACUACAGAACUGGAAGGCCCAGCUGCGCGGAAGACUAAAAGAACUUACCGAGUGAACAUUCUUCGCUGCGAGAGCUUAGCUUCACUGGCGCCAUCGACGCUGGAAAGAUUACUUCUUAGGGACUAUGACAUUGUGGUCUCUAUGAUACCUUUUCCAUAUUCAGCAGUUCUACCCAGCACUGCAGGACCAGUACAUUUCGGUCCGCCUUCUUACUCCUCAAUGACACCUUGGAUGAAGCUUGCCUUGUAUACUUCUGGUAGUUGUGGCCCGCUCUCUGCUGUUUUCAUGAAAGGACAGCGCCUGCGGCUGCUUCCCGAGCCAUUAGCCGACUGCGAAAAGGCAAUGAUAUGGUCUUGGGAUCAGUCUGUGGUGGGUGGACUAGGAGGAAACUUUGAGGGGAACCUGGUAAGGGGAGGCCUUCUGCUGCAUUACCUGAACUCAAUGACAAAACAUUCUGCCGUGAUAGUGCAACCACUGGGCAUAAAGGACCUUGAUGAAUCAGGAAACCUUGUAACCAUGGAUGUCCCAUUGCCCCUGAAAAAUGCGGAUGGGUCAAUCACAUCCGCGUUAGCUGGAACUAAUUUGCCUGAGGGGCAAAUGUCAAAUUUGACUACAUUGCUGGAAGAUCUAUCCAGUAAAGUUGAGCUGAGCACGGUUGGUUACCUUCGCCUAGUAAGGCUUCACAGGGUAAGCGAAUCCAGUGAACUUCCAGAAAAGGAAAGCUAUGAGUGGAUACCUUUGAACUUGGAAUUCGGGAUUCCUUUGUUCAAUCCAAAGCUGUGUGAAAGAAUAUGUGAAAGGGUCGUCGACUCAAAUAUGCUUCAGAAAGAUGAUCUCAUUGAACACUACGAGUCUAUGCAGACGGUGAGGAAGAAGUUACUCGAACUUUGCACCGAGUACCAAGCAACCGGUCCAACAGCAAGGCUAUUACAUCAGCGGGGAGGCUCGAAGAACUCCCCGCGCCAACUCCAACUCAUGAACAUUGUGAGUGGAAGAUGGAGUCCAUUCCAUGAUCCUUCAUCGCCUACCCAAGGAGGGACGUCACCGCGUGAACAUGUCAGACUAAAGCUCGGAAGACGGCAGAAGUGUUUUACUGAAGUUCUGAGCUUUGAUGGGAGCAUCCUCAGUUCCCACGCACUCACUCCGGUGUAUGAGGCUGCCACAAGAUCUGUCACUGAAGAUCAACCAUCCCCUUCUGCUCCGAAAACUGAUUCAGAAGAUUCCGAUACCAAGGACGUGGUCUUACCGGGAGUCAAUCUCAUAUUUGAUGGCGCUGAGCUGCACCCGUUUGACAUUGGUGCUUGCCUCCACGCGCGCCAACCCCUCUCAUUGAUAGCUGAGGCAUCAGCUGCGUCAUUGGCCAUGAAAUGACUGAUAUGCAUCUCAGCACGUUACCAUCACAAAUUUUGUUCUGUUUAUGUUAUGUGCGGAAUUGAUUAUGGUGUAGGACGACUCUCAGAAUCAGGCUUUUUUAAGAGAAGAUUUUUGUAUGCCAAGGUAGUUUUUCCUUCUCUAGAUAGCAGAUGCUUUCCCAACAGGGGAUGAAUGGGAUGAAUGCCAAGUGAGUCUCCA